UCUAAUCAAAACAAUAAAAAGAACAAGACAUUUUUGUGUACGAAAAUUGAUCAGCUUUUUGUGCGCUCCAAAAAUGGCCUUGGAGUCCGGCAGCAGCAGCUCGGAAUCGGGCAGCUCCUCCACCAGCGGAUCCACCAGCUGUUCGGAGACGGGCAGCAGUUCGGACACGGAUUCUAGCAGUGCGACGCCGGAGGAGAAGCCAUCCGCGAACUCCUCGUCGAAACCGCAGACGCAAACACAACAACAAACGAGUUCCGGAAAUGCACCGAGAAAAAAGCCAGCUCCUCCGGCGGCGGAGGAGAAGUCCAAGGCAAAUGCAGCAUCCUCAAGCAGAAAAGUGACCAAUCCGGCGAAAAGUAGACUCUCCAGCGACGACGACGAGGAGGAGGAUGAGGACGGGGACUCAGCGCCGCCGGCCAAGAAGAAUGCCCGUUCCCUGGGCAGUUCCACGGUCACAGCGGCUGCUGCCGCCACGGCGGCCAAAAGAAAACCUCCUGCUUCCGGCAACAAGCAACCAUCCAGCAGCAAUCCAGCCAACAAACCCAGCAAUCCGCCCCAGCGAGCGACAACAAACAACAACAACAACAAUCGAUCCCUGGAGAAUGGCGAAGGCAAGCGACCCUCGCUAUCCUCCUCAUCCAACAGCACGGAUGACUCAAUGAAAAUUGUAAAGAACGGUCGCAAAGUUCCCCUGAAAAUGGCCAGCGCGGUGAGGUCAAAACAAAUCAGAGGCAAACUGCCGCCAGCAAAGAAAAACGGAGGAGGACCCGUGAUCAGCAGUGACGGAAGUUCGGGCUCCGAAAGUGCCUCAAAUUCGGGCGAUGAUUCCAGCUCAGGAAGCGACUCGGAGGGCACUGAUUCCAGCAAUUCCUACAGCUCGCAGCCAGUGAAAGGAGCAGCCAAAGGUAAACAAGGCAAACGAGCCGGAGCACCAAAAAUCCAGAAUUCUGACAGCGAAGAGGAGCGAAAAGACAAGGCCAAUCCCAUGAGGAAACUGACGCGAUCGCUCAGCAUGCGAAGGACCAAACAGCAGCCCAAACAGGACUCCGAUUCCGAAUCAGAUGGAGAUCUAGAUGAUGACAAAAUUCCAAUCUCCAAAAGUCCCGCCAAAAAGCCAGCACCCUCGAAUUUAAACGCCACCAAAAGCAAAGUGAAAAGAGAAUCCAUUGGAAUUAGCAGUGGAGUCCUGAGCUCGAUUAAAUCUCGACCCGUCUCACCAAUAACCCAGACGGAGAAGAAGUGUCCUAUCGAGGGGUGCGACUCAUCCGGACACUUGAGUGGCAAUUUGGACAAACACUUCCUGCCGGAGGCGUGUCCCAUUUACCACAACAUGUCCGCCUCCGAGUGCAAAGAGCGGGCUAAUGAAAGAAAACUGCGCAAUGAACAGCGCCUUAAGAUGCCCGUGAAUAUUGUGACGGCACCGGGUAAUCAGCACACCAAUCUCAAGACCCUCUCGCCCGAGCAGCGUGAAUUUCUGGCCAAGAUUCGCGAGUCCAGGGCUAACUUUAGGCCUGCCAAUAACAAUUUUCUAGACUCGAAGGUUAAGCUGGAAAAAGACGUCACGGACGAGGAUCGUGAACCGAAUCUGUCCGGCCUGGUGCCCGACUACGAUUUGCAAUUGUUCCGGGAAGCGCAAGCUCAGGCCUCUGAGAGGAUAGAAGACGAACUUAAGGACCUGCCUGUGGGAAAGGGAAUCAAAUAUAUCAGCAUGGGCAAGUACAAGAUGAAGGUGUGGUACCAAUCACCUUAUCCGGACGAUGCUGCCCGCCUGCCCAAAAUGUACAUCUGCGAGUUCUGCCUGCGCUAUCAAAAAUCGGAGACGGGCAUCAAGCGGCACGCCGAGAAGUGCGUCUGGCGGCAUCCGCCGGGCGAUGAGAUAUACCGCAAGGGCAAAUUACAGGUGUGGCAGGUGGAUGGGAAGCGUUACAAGCAAUAUUGCCAGCAUCUGUGUCUGCUGGCCAAGUUCUUCCUGGAUCACAAAACGCUCUACUACGAUGUGGAGCCCUUCCUUUUUUACAUCAUGACGCUGGCGGAUGUGGAUGGAUGCCAUAUUGUCGGUUAUUUUAGCAAGCAUAUUCCCUUUCUGCAGGAGAAGAAUUCGUUUUACAAUGUUUCGUGUAUUUUAACAUUGCCGCCAUAUCAGAGAAAAGGUUACGGGAGAUUACUCAUCGAUUUCAGCUAUCUGCUGACCCGUGUGGAGGGAAAAAUAGGCUCGCCGGAGAAACCUUUAUCCGAUCUCGGCCUGAUCUCGUACCGCUCUUACUGGAAGGAUGUUCUUUUGGACUACCUGUGCAAUCGGUCGGGAAACACGCUCACCAUUAAGGAUGUUUCACAGGAAAUGGCGAUCUACUCAUACGACAUUGUGAGCACUCUUCAAGCUUUAGGCAUGAUGAAGUACUGGAAAGGGAAGCACAUAGUCCUCAAAAAACAGGAUGUCCUGGAUGAGUACGAAGAGAGGGUAAAACGAAGAGGCACCUUCCCCAAAAUAGACGACUCCUGUUUAAGAUGGCAGCCUUUCAUCAAUGUCCAACCAAGUGCAUCUCCAUAGCCACGUGGUUGGAAGCAUGCUAGAGCAUGCUUUGCGGACGCCGAUGACGAGGACGAAUCUUUGGCCCCGAAUUCCUGAUUUCUGAGAUUUUAUUUUUGGGUAGAGACUUCUUAAUAGACAAAUCUUCAAUCCUCGCCAAUCUUAGUAAUACCCUACAUUUUGGUGACCAAGAGAGGCAGUAUAAAUAAUAUUACCAUGUAGUCCAAUCAUCAUUAUUUGCAUUUAUCUCAACCGAUAUUUGCCUUAAUGUAAAGUAAUUAUUGCAAAGACAUAUUUUAAACCAUGGGUAUAUUUAAAUUUACAACGAUUGAAGGAUUGUGUUUUAGGAGCUUUAUCUUAAUUUUUAUUAUUCGUUUGUAGAUCAUAAGGCCAGCCUAUAGUAUUUGUACGUGUCUGUGUCUGUACUUGUUGGUAGUUAAGAAUUGUAAUAAUUAGUGAACAUAAGUUACAUAGUGAAAUUCUCAAAACAAAAAAAAAAAAAACAAAAAAAGAUAAGAAAAA